GAGGACCAUGGUCAGCCUUUAUUUGGAGUCCAGUUUAACUGGCACAGUAAAGAAGGUGAUCCUCUCGUUUUUGCCACUGUAGGCAGCAACAGAGUUACUUUAUAUGAAUGUCAUUCUCAAGGCGAAAUCCGUCUGUUGCAGUCCUACGUGGAUGCUGAUGCAGAUGAAAAUUUCUAUACCUGUGCGUGGACAUACGAUAGCAAUACAAGCCAUCCUCUCCUGGCUGUGGCAGGGUCCAGGGGUAUCAUUAGGAUAAUUAAUCCUAUCACAAUGCAGUGCAUAAAGCACUACGUGGGCCAUGGAAAUGCAAUCAAUGAACUGAAAUUCCAUCCAAGAGAUCCAAAUCUCCUUUUAUCUGUAAGCAAAGAUCAUGCAUUGAGACUGUGGAACAUCCAGACAGACACGCUGGUUGCAAUAUUUGGAGGAGUAGAAGGGCACAGGGAUGAGGUGUUAAGUGCAGAUUAUGAUCUUCUGGGUGAAAAAAUCAUGUCCUGUGGGAUGGAUCACUCUCUCAAACUCUGGAGAAUUAAUUCCAAGAGAAUGAUAAAUGCCAUCAAGGAGUCUUACGAGUACAACCCAAAUAAAACCAACAGGCCUUUUAUUUCCCAGAAAAUUCACUUCCCUGACUUUUCUACGAGGGACAUACACAGGAACUACGUUGACUGUGUACGAUGGUUGGGAGAUCUAAUUCUUUCCAAGUCUUGUGAAAAUGCCAUUGUGUGCUGGAAACCUGGCAAAAUGGAAGACGACAUAGAUAAAAUCAAGCCCAGUGAAUCAAAUGUGACCAUACUUGGAAGGUUUGAUUACAGCCAGUGUGAUAUAUGGUACAUGAGGUUUUCAAUGGAUUUCUGGCAAAAGAUGCUUGCUCUGGGCAAUCAGGUUGGCAAACUUUAUGUCUGGGAUUUAGAAAUAGAGGAUCCUCAUAAAGCCAAGUGUACGACUCUUACUCAUCCUAAAUGUGUCGCUGCCAUCCGACAAACCAGUUUUAGCAGGGAUAGUAGUAUCCUCAUAGCCGUGUGCGACGAUGCCAGUAUCUGGCGCUGGGACAGACUACGAUAAAUUCCUUUUUCUUAAUUCAAAAUAGAAAAUAUAUUUUCAAAUUAUAAUACAGUCUGUUAACUGGCUAGUGCGGUAGAUGCGUUUAGCGUAGGCUUUCUCGAAGGUUCGGCAGGCUGGAGCUGAACUUAGUGAUGUUUACAUUCUGUGUAUGGUUCUGCUUGAAAUUGCUGCUUUUAAUAAAAAGAAGUAUUUUUGUAAAGUU